UACUACCUAGCAGGUGGUUAAUUGUUUCAGGAUUAUUGGUCCGCAUUAAUGGUUGUUAGGCUACUUGAGCUAAACGCAGAUUAGCGAUUAUUGGCUGCUCUUGUAUGUGGAAACGCACAACAGUGUGCUGAUUGUGGAAAUUUUCGGUAACAAUAGAUCCUAAGGUACGACAAAGAGAAAAUGGCUCGAGCCUUAAUUUCGCUGACGUCGCACGGCAAUCUUACGAAUUAUAUAACGUUUCUAACGAUCCUCGUAACGUUUAACUCAGCGACUAUUAAAAUCUACAGUGUCUCACGGUUUCUAAUAACGGGAAGCACUAAAAUACUAUAAUAUAUGGCAGUAAUGAUUCCACGCGAUAAAUUGAUGUUUCACAAUCCGCUUAAGAGAAUUUGCAUACAUAAACCGAUUGUACACUUUACAAAGCCCAAAACUUUUUAAAUUAAUAUUUUACUAUAGAACUUUACUGUGGAGAGCAAAUUACUAUAUUUUAUUACAAGGUAAGAUCGCCGAUUUGGAUAAAUAAUAGCGUCCACAUAUUGCAAUUUGUAUAUUUACUUGCAUUUUAUUGUAUAUUUCUUAAUUUAUUGUAUAUUUCAUAGGUGGACAUUCAAAUACCAUUGCUGGAAGAGUUGGGACAAAAUUUCACGGAACAUUACGAGGAGGUCAUGCGGUCGAUGGAACGCCUCUACGCCGUGCCGUCGGAAAAGCUGCGGGUUUGGAUGGUUUGGCUCGCCAACAUUGGCGAGAUAGCCGAUGAGUGGCACAAAUGGCUACGGACGUACAUUGAUCUGAUCAUGCGGAUAGCUGAGCGUCUGCAAAUGGCCGCGGAGGACGUCCCGGAGGAAAGAAAGAUUGAAUCUACCGUAAGUAGCAAUGUUACCCCGCUGCAUCAGGCACUUGAGAGGAAUGUAUCAAAUCAAAUAUUAUGCUACGUUACUUUCCCGGUAACGUUAAAGUACAUCAGAUUGGUUUACAACCAACUGUCACUACGAACUAAGCCUUGGCACAAGACGAGCUACCAUGAGGAAGCCCGCCUCGUGGUACCAAUUGCUCGUUAUCGGCCGGGCCUUUCGGCGAUAUAUUAUAGCUAUUCUAGUUUGGUGUUCUGCGUCACCAGCACUGGUCAGCCAACAUCGAGCAACCGCGGGGUCACCAGGCCCGAAGGACCGCAGGAGCUCGAGUUACCAAAGGACGAACAGGAAAUUAUUGAGAUACUGAAGAACCUUACGCAUCAAGCCACUCUGUACAGAUCUUAUUACAAACAUUGGAAGAACAUCGCUGAUCAAGCCGAGAAGGAAACCGCUCACAGGAAGGUGAUACCCACUGCGAGAUUCCUAGGAAUUCUCGACGAUGAAUCGCCGAUGAAUGCAGCAGCUUCGCAGACCGCUCAAUAUUCAAUGAGGCAAGCUGAAAGCGCCGUUGCUCAACCGACGGAGGAACCGAUGCCUGCAACACUGAUGCCGACAUCGAGCGGGAUUGAUUCCUCGACGGAUGCACCUGGUCAGGAAAUCAUCGAGGAGGCGAUAGGAGGUCUGUUCGCGAUAGAGCUGGACGAGCCGGAAACGAUGCCGACGACGGUCACGGUGGAGUCAAACAACUUGAUGCCCUUGCUCAAAAUCAUUUCGACAUCGCCCGCGGUAUGUAAGCGAUUCUAUGUGAAAAUGAUUACGCCAGACGUAUCUCGGCCGGUCGGCCGAUCGACCGCCGCGAUAGAAAACGUUACGCGAAAUGUUUGCGAACCACGGCGAUUUUGCGAUGCAACUCCGCAGGGGCAAUUCUCGGAUAGUUUGCCGUCUACUUUGACGUUUGCGAUACACCGAAAAUGGCGGAUUGUCUCGAUCGUUAGAAUAGAAAAUGAUCGGCCGGAUCGAUUUAUCAUCGUUUACGCUUACAUUGUAACACAAGAAGCAGCUGCGAAACGCGAAGCGGCCGGAAAGCUAGUAAUGGAUAUGGCAGGUGCCGACCGAAAUGGUCCAUACUUCUUUUACCUAAGGACGGAGCCCGACAUAGAUAUAGCAAUCGAACACAAUGAUGAGAAGGUAAUACCGGAUCCUGGUCGCGAACGUAUUUCCGCUAAUCGCAAAUACCUUUAUUUUAAUCUGAGAGAUGAGCAACGAUAAACAAUCCAAGAAACUAGGAACAAGACACAAUUUUAUCAGUAAUAAUGUAUUUCCUGUUUUCAAAGAGGCAAGAAAAGGAAGAAAAAAUUUCAACGACAUAUAAGCGAUAUGUAUACCCUGCGUUCGUUUAUUCUUGUGAAAAAUAAUCCAGUGGUUAAGUAAAAUAUGAUCGUUACACGGGGCAACUUCCGUAAGCGCCCGUAAUCCUGCAGAAGUUGCGGCAUUAAAGCGACUUCGCGAAGUCGAAGUGCACGAGUGCCGCUCCGCAAUCUCUACCGUGUGUAUCUAUGUGUAAUCCGUCGCAGUGUGGGACGCGAGACUCUCUCUCUCUCUCUCUCUCUCUCUCUCUCUCUCUCUCGGUGUACUUAAAUUAUGGUAGCCAGCUAUCAACAUGCUUUCGCAGCAAAAUAUGUGAGCGUUAUAGCAGUGAUAAAGGACGUGGUAGUGGCCAAAUCCGACCGCACCAUUAGUUUCCGCCUUGAAAGCGGCAGCGGACAUAUACACGCCACUGUUCAGCGAAAUCGGAAUCCU